AUGCCAGUUAUGAACCGUGUUUUUGCAACACCUUAUCAGUCAGAAAAGACAGGAAGACUGCAAGUUUAUGACACAACUGUUACAAUUCCACCAACCAUCAAUUUAACCAUCAAGUAUGCAAAACAGCUGUUUAGAACUUCAAUCCAAAGCAUUUGGUCCGACGAUUCACGCACAUAUUCAUCAAAGGAUAAAAAACUGGAGGAUACUGUCUUUGCUGCGUACAUCUUUGAAGAAUUUAUAUUAAGCACUGCCAGAAAGCGGCUGAACGUUACAAAUCCCGAAUUCAUUGAUGUCGAUAAAGAUCUGAACUUUCGAGUUAGACGCAAUGCCCUCCAGAGAGGAGAUGACUUUCUGUUUAAUGGAAGCAGUCGGGGGAACUUUAUUAAGAUUCCCUUAGCUAAUCCGGAUAGAGAUUCCACAGUACUUGGGAUCGAAUACAACAAACUUUCUAAGUUUUUAUUAAACUAUUCAGAUGACACCGAGAGAGACAACAAAACAAAGAUACUGGACAGCGUAAUUAUGUCCGCCGUAAUAGACCCUCCGCCCAAGGUUCUACCGGAAAACGUCACAUUGGUUUUUAAGAACAUGCAGGUGAAUCGCAAAAAAAGAACAUGUGUAUUCUGGAGCUUCUCAGAAGAAAACUUUGGGAGUUGGUCAAGUGAAGGAUGUCAAACAAAGAUGAUAUCUGAUCACCAUACUGAAUGUGUUUGCAAUCAUCUAACCCACUUCGCCGUGCUCAUGGAAUUCACCGACAAUGCCGACGAAGGAAAGGAUAAAACUCGUUCGUCAGGUGAGCAUGACAAAAUACUGACAUUCGUCACUCGAGUAGGGAUGGCUUUAUCUCUCACCGGAGUCAUACUCACAAUUAUCAGCUAUCUUCAGCUCACAGAUAGAAAUUCACCUUUGUGUCACAUACGGGUUAGUCUGACUUCCUGCAUUGGAGCAGGCCAUAUCAUCUUUUUCGCUGGGAUCGACUCCACUGCAAACCAGGCUGCUUGUGUAGCUGUGGCAGCUCUUAUGCAGUAUUUCCUGAUGGCCAGUUUUUGCUGGAUGCUUGUCGAGGGGAUUUAUAUCUACUUAUUUGUUGUAAAGGUUUACAACAUUACCGAUAAAAUGCAUCGUUAUCAUGGCUUUUGCUGGGGACUGCCUGCAAUUAUAGUUGCUGUAUCUCUGGUAAUCGCUGCAGGAAAUGAUGGAAUCGAAACUUUUGUCAAUGAUGAAAACUGCUGGAUGUCCUCCUCUAACGAUGUCAUCUGGAUAUUUGUUUCCUUUGUUGGAUUCGUCUCAAUCAUUAACAUGACGAUCCUCGUGCGAGUUAUAAAGGAAGUAACAACAAUCCAACAGGUGAAGGAUAGCCCGACUGAGCAGAUCAG